CCCCAUGUUCAUCUCAUCUCGGGCCACAAAUACCCCUUCUCUCCGCAACUCGGCAUCGAUGGCGCAUAUACCUACCUCUUCGAGGCCCCCAAGGUUGUCAAGCAGGUUGCGCCCAUGUCAUGGCAGUACAUCUCUGCUCCACAGGAUGGUACCGUCUUCUUGACCUGGAUUGGUGGCCGCAUGCAGAACCAAUUCCCCACUGAUGGCUACGUCUGGGUUGACCCCGAACAGCGGUACACUCAGGACUUUGGAGGCUACACGUUGGAGAUUGCCUUCCACAACAGUGGUUAUCGCCCUGGAGUCGACAGUGUGACCAGCCACUCUCGCAGACGAUACCGCUUCAUGUCCAAGAACCCUAGCGUUCACGCCCUCCCUCCCGAUCCAAGUCUCUGGCUUGUUCACUACAGCCAAGCUGACCCCCAGAAUUGCUUCCCCACAGCCCAAUUGCCUCUGUCGCAUCAAUCGCGCCAACAACUGGCCGAACGUCAAUGGAUCGAGUCUCAAGGCCGUCUGGAUCGCCAGGAUUUCAUGCUGCAUGACCGCGAAAAGUGGCCCCAGCUCAGUAUGCCUGGUCGCGCUGCUGUACCUGGUGUGCCUGCAUACAACCAGAGCAUGUAUCAGCAAAGCCCUAUGGCUCACAUUGGCAACCCUCGCUUUUCCGGCAACUUUUACCAGCAAGCUCAACAAGGACCUGCGGGCCCUUCGCCAGCUAAACGCGCGCGACAGCACCCACCUGCCCACGCCCCUGCAGCGGCCGCUGCUCUAAUGGCUCAGGACACCAGCAUCGAGGACGAGGAGAAUGUCCUCCUUGGAGACUUGCUUGACCAUCUAACCCAGCGUGAUAUUAGUCUGACUCGCUAUAUGCAACACCACGACUGGAUGGACGAGGUCUAUUCGUCACCUUUCGCUACUGGCCAAAUCAUCCCUAUGGAUCUCGGUUUCGGCCUGAUGGGCGAGCUAGCUGGCCUUACCGAAGGCCUGUUUGAUACCCCUAACUCAGCACUGGAAAAGGUUGAGCCCAAGUCUAAGGAUACGCCAGCUGCAUACAAAAAAGUCACAUCAGAGCAAUUGCAAGAGUUUGAGAAGCGUAUUCAAGCACACAAAGAGAAGGAGCAGGAUGAGAUUGCGCGUAUGAAGGAGGAACACGCCAGAAGGAUGGACAGUCUACGCAAGAGCAAGAGUCUGGUCAAGGCCGAGAAGAAGUUGAGAAACGCUUCCUGGAAGCCUUCAAGCUCAAGCAAUGAGUUCUGGAGGCUAGAGAAGACAAACGAUCAGGACGCCAACCAGAUCGUUGAGCAGGUGGAAGAACUGCUGGGCGGCUCAAUCCAGGCACAAAAGGAGGCCACCAUGAUCAGUGAAGGAGGAUACCGCAAGGAAGAGAAG